AACCAGAGGAGUUAUCAGAACCCAGGAAAAUUAGGCAGAAAGGCCAGUCAAAGCUACUUUGAUUAGAAGCUCGCUAAUCUACACAGAAUAGUUCCUGCGAGGACUCUAAGAUGGAUUUAGAACUCCAGGAUUUUUAUAACAAGACACUUGCCACAGAGAACAAUACUGCUGCCACUCGGAAUUCUGAUUUCCCGGUCUGGGAUGACUAUAAAAGCAGUGUAGAUGAUUUACAGUAUUUUCUGAUUGGACUUUAUACAUUUGUAAGUCUUCUCGGUUUUAUGGGGAAUCUACUUAUUUUAAUGGCUCUCAUGAGAAAGCGUAAUCAGAAGACGAUGGUAAACUUCCUCAUAGGAAAUUUGGCCUUCUCUGAUAUUUUGGUUGUGCUGUUUUGCUCACCUUUUACACUGACCUCUGUCCUGCUGGAUCAGUGGAUGUUUGGCAAAGUCAUGUGUCACAUUAUGCCUUUUCUUCAAUGUGUGUCAGUUCUGGUUUCAACUUUAAUUCUAAUAUCAAUUGCCAUUGUCAGGUAUCAUAUGAUCAAGCAUCCUAUAUCUAAUAAUUUAACAGCAAACCAUGGCUACUUCCUGAUUGCUACUGUCUGGACACUAGGUUUUGCGAUUUGUUCUCCCCUUCCAGUGUUUCACAGUCUGGUGGAACUUCAGGAAACAUUUGACUCCGCAUUGCUGAGCAGCAGGUAUUUAUGUGUUGAGUCGUGGCCAUCUGAUUCGUACAGAAUUGCUUUUACUAUCUCUUUAUUGCUAGUCCAAUAUAUUCUUCCCUUGGUGUGUCUAACUGUGAGCCAUACCAGUGUCUGCAGGAGUAUAAGCUGCGGGUUGUCCAACAAAGAAAACAAACUGGAAGAAAAUGAGAUGAUCAACUUAACUCUUCAACCAUUCAAAAAGAGUGGGCCUCAGGUGAGACUUUCCAGCAGCCAUAAAUGGAGCUAUUCAUUCAUCAGAAAACACAGGAGAAGGUACAGCAAGAAGACGGCAUGUGUCUUACCUGCUCCAGCAAGACCUCCUCAAGAGAACCAUUCAAGAAUGCUUCCAGAAAACUUUGGUUCUGUAAGAAGUCAGCUCUCUUCAUCCAGUAAGUUCAUACCGGGGGUCCCCACCUGCUUUGAGGUGAGACCUGAAGAAAACUCGGAUGUUCAUGACAUGAGAGUAAACCGUUCUAUCAUGAGAAUCAAAAAGAGAUCCCGAAGUGUUUUCUAUAGACUAACCAUACUGAUACUAGUGUUUGCUGUUAGCUGGAUGCCACUACACCUUUUCCAUGUGGUAACUGAUUUUAAUGACAACCUCAUUUCAAACAGACAUUUCAAAUUGGUGUAUUGCAUUUGUCAUUUGCUAGGCAUGAUGUCCUGUUGUCUUAAUCCUAUUCUGUAUGGUUUUCUCAAUAAUGGGAUCAAAGCUGAUUUAAUUUCCCUUAUACAGUGUCUUCAUAUGUCAUAAUUCUUCAUGUUUACCAAGGAGACAACAAAUGUUGGGAUCGUCUAAAACAUAGUCA